AGGAGGAACCUCUGCCUGGUUUUGUGGACUAUGUUUCUGGGAGCGUCUCCAGUCUGCCUGUCCCCUGCAGUUCCAGCUCCGUGUCCUGGUUCCGGCUCUGGUCCUGGUUUCCUCCUGAAGCUCCAACCUUCUGUCUUCUCAACAUGUUUCUGACCAAGAGUUUGAUCGGUGGCAUCAUCAACAUUGUGAGCAACAUCGACCCGUCUCACUUCAGACCCUCAGACCCACCGCCGCCACGCCGACCUCUGAACUACGCCGAGGCUCACGAGAACGAUGAGGAGAAGCAGUUCAGGACGGUCUUCCAUCAGCUGGCCGGAGACGACAUGGAGGUGAGCCCCAACGAGCUGAAGGACAUCCUGAACAGAGUCAUCUCCAGGCAUUCGAACCUGAAGACUGACGGCUUCAGUAUCGAGUCUUGCAGGAGCAUGGUCGCUGUCAUGGACAGCGACAGCACAGGGAAACUGGGCUUCCAUGAGUUUAAAUAUCUGUGGAACAACAUCAAGAAAUGGCAGAACAUCUACCUGUCCCACGAUAAGGACCGCUCAGGAACGAUUGGCUCCAGGGAGCUGCCGCACGCCUUCCAGGCUGCAGGUUUCCCUCUGAACGACCAGCUCUACAAACUCAUCAUACGCCGCUACAGCGACGAGAACGGAGACAUGGACUUUGAUAACUUCAUCGGCUGUCUGGUGCGGCUGGACGCCAUGUGCCGAGCGUUUAAGACCCUGGAUAAGGACAACAGCGGCACCAUCGACCUGGACAUCAAGGAGUGGCUUCAGCUGACAAUGUACUCCUGAGCAGCGAAGGGAAAACUUCUCCUGCUCUUCCUGGUUUUCUCUCUGCGGCCAUAGAAAUGGGACCAACUGAACAAAAAGUUUCCUCUGGGACCAAAGAAGAGUUGGUGCAGCUUUGCUUCUGCUGCCAGGUGGCGCUAUAGCAUCUCUGUUGCACUGAUGUCUGUAUUUGAUUUGAAAGAUCUUCAUGUUGAGUCUGAAAAAAUUCUCAAUGUUUUAAAUUUUAAAGUGACCCAACUGGAAAUAAACUCUUAAUUCUUUCCUGUGA